AUGGACUACUUAACAUUGUUUAUAUUGUUCUGCAUUAUAUGUGCAGUGUUACAAUAUGUAAACUAUAAUUCAAACAAAGAUGAUCAAGCUUCAAAGUAUACAGGACUGUCAUCGACCAACACAUUCUCAGUGACCAGUCAAAUGUCAUUCAAAGCAUUCCAGAAUCAAUACCUAUUCAUCUAUCUACUUGCAAUGGGUGCCGAUUGGAUGCAGGGACCAUAUGUAUACGCACUUUAUAAGUCAUAUGGCUUUGCCAUGUCAGAUAUUGCUAUAUUAUUCGUCAGUGGAUUCCUUUCAAGCAUGGUCUUUGGUGUCAUAGUUGGUCCAAUAGCUGAUAAAUAUGGAAGAAAGUUAAUGACAAUUAUAUUUGGAAUACUAUACUCUGCGAGUUGUGUAACAAAGUUAAUGCCAGACUACAACAUAUUGAUGGUUGGCAGGAUAUUAUCCGGAGUAUCAACAUCAUUAUUAUUCUCUGUAUUUGAAUCAUGGAUGAUCUCUGAACAUAAUGCUAGAGGCUUCCCAGAGGAAUUGUUAUCAUCAACAUUUUACAAGGCAACGUUUAUGAAUGGUGUCGUGGCUAUUAUGGCGGGACUGUGGGCUUCGUUCUCGGCGGAGCAUUGGGGCUUCGUAUCGCCAUUCAUGUGGUCGCUCGGAUUGUUAAUCAUUUGCACAUUGCUGGUCAUUGCCAACUGGAAUGAGAACUAUGGAAAUGCCACGGUAUCAUUAGAGUCAACCUUUAAGAACUCGUUCCAAUACCUGUUGAACGAUCGCACCAUUAUCAAGCUGGGCUUCAUCCAAUCUCUAUUCGAAGCGUCAAUGUACACCUUUGUCUUUAUGUGGACGCCCACACUGCAGCAGUCUGGCGUGGCCGCCAGCGACUCGGUCUCUGGCACGGCUGCCGAGAACGAUCUGCCCUUUGGCCUGAUCUUUGCCACGUUCAUGGUGUGCAUCAUGAUCGGAUCGUCCAUCUAUAACAUGCUGCCCAAGGUGCCGCCCGAGACACUGGCGCGCUGGAUCUUUGCCGUGUCGAUCGGCAGUCUGAGCGUGCCCUUCCUCAUGCCCAAUCACACGCUGUUGCUCUACCUGUCGUUCCUGCUGUUUGAAGUGUGCUGCGGCCUGUACUUCCCAUGCAUGGGCACACUGCGCAGCAAGUACAUCCCAGAGAGUGCGCGAGCAUCCAUCAUGAACUACUUUAGAGUGCCACUCAACUUCAUGGUGGUGGUCAUCCUGUCCAACACCUCCACCAUCUCCACCACCAACAUCUUCAUGGUGUGCACCAUGUGGCUUGCGAUCGCCCUCACCCUCCAAUCAACCAUUCGUCCAUCCUCCCAAUCAAUCCCACAU